GAUGGAACCCCAGCAAAAAAUACAAGGUCAACAUUGGAAUCAGUGCUUGUAUCUCAUACACUGUUACAACAACAACAACCACACCAACUCCAACAACAACAACAGAAGCAACUACAACUAUGCACCAACAACAACAGAAACAACAACAACAACAGCUGCUACAACCACAACUGCUAGAACAACAACUACAACUUCUGCAACAACUACAACAACUGCUAUAAAACAACCCAUUGACAAACUUGAGACCAAAGAGCGAAAGGCUUUCGUAUUGCCUGUUCCAAAGAAGGACUCAGAUGAAAAGAAACCAUUUGUCACAGUUGACUUGACACCAACUGAUGAUACUGCUGCUCCAUUUGUUGAGAAGGUACGCUUCCCAGAAUCAAACAUUGGAAAGGUUACAAUCAAGAGAUUGGUACCAGCCAGUGAAAAGAAUGCUGGACAAUACGAAACUGUUGUACAAGCCAAAAACUUGAUGAUGAUAAUACAAUCAAAUUCACAACACCAGUCCGCAUGGAUAAGAUCCAAAUCAUUUUGA